GUGAACAUGUCCGCGGAAAGCCGAGCGGCUCAGCUCAGCGGCGCCCCCUCAGCCACAGCCGCCCCGGAGCGGCCGAUCCGCGCCGCGGUGGCCCCCUCGGUGGAGCUGGGCUUGACGGCGGUCUACACGGCUCUCUACUCGCUGCUCUUCCUCUCCGUGUACCUGCAGCUCUGGCUGGUCUUGCACUACAGGCACAAGCGCCUCAGUUACCAGACGGUGUUUUUAUUCCUGUGCCUGCUCUGGGCGGGCCUGAGGACUACCCUCUUCUCCUUCUACUUCAAAAAUUGCGUCCAGGCCAAUCGGCUGGAGCCCGUGCCUUACUGGCUGCUGUAUUGUUCCCCUGUGUGUUUGCAGUUCUUCACGCUGUGUCUGCUGAACCUUUAUUUUGCACAGGUUAUCUUUAAGGCCAAAGCUAAAUAUUCUCCAGAGCUCAACAAAUAUAAGAUUCCAUUAAGGCUGGCAUUCUUGUUUGCUAGUAUUCUCUUUCUGGUGGUGAACUUUACGUGUGCAAUGCUAGUCCAGGGAGAUGUGCCAGAGAGCCAGUUAAAGUGGACUGUGUUUGCCCGAGUGCUUAUCAACGACAGCCUCUUUGUGCUUUGUGCCAUUUCAUUAGCUGUAUGCAUCUUCAAAAUUGCAAAAAUGUCAUCAGCAAACGUGUACCUCGAAUCAAAGGGGACAUCAGUAUGUCAGGCAACACUUGUAGGGGCUGCAGUGAUCCUGUUUUAUAUAUCCAGGGCUUCUUAUAAUCUGGUUGUUGUCUUCAUGGCUCCAGAAGAUAGGCCUAGUGCAUUCAAUUACGGCUGGUACAACGUGUCCGAUCAGGCUGAUGUUGAGAAAAUCAGUGGUCGAGCUUAUGUGGUAUUUGGAACAAUUCUUUUCCUGUGGGAGUUAUUGCCGACGAGCUUGGUGGUGUUUUUUUNCCGGGUGCAGAGACCAAAUCAAAAUCUGGGAUCAGGUGGAAUGAUCAACAGUCACAGUUUCAGUUCUCGGGCUUACUUUUUUGAUAAUCCGAGACGAUACGAUAGUGAUGACGAUUUGACUAGAAGCAUUGGUUCUAGAGGAGAAAGGGGAAGCAUCCUAUCAACAACGCCACAGGGCACUGGUUGGUAUGGGACCAUUCAUAGGAAUAACAGUUACAGCGUGGUCCCUCACUUACUGAAUGGACCUCCAGCAGCUACAGCACCACUUCUCUUCGCUUAUGGUAACAUCCAAACCAAUCACCACCAUAACUAUUAUUCAACACCACAAAACUAUUACUCAACACCACAGAACUGAAUGGAAUCUGCAGUUCUGUGGCAGUGUUUACAUGGCGGAUUGUGUGGGCUAACCUCUCGGCACAUUACAAACAAAUGAUUGAAAGCAUUCCAAUUGCUGACGUGCAAUUCUGAAAGAAAAAGCUGUCAAUGAAGUAACCUUAAGAAAGCAGCAUCAAUGAUUAUACAUCAAAGCUUACUGAACUCCUGUAGCAUCGUGGCUUGCUUUGAUUGUAGUAAGUUGGGCUGCAUAAUUGCACUUUUACCUGCACUUGCAAUCUGAACAAAAGUAUGGAAAUGCGCUAUACCAAGACCAAUAUUCAGAAAUAUAUCGCAGGUUUUUAGAAUUGAUAUGGACAGGGCAGAGAAGCUAUUUUCUUAGUGACUUGACCGUUGUAAAGUUUGUGCUUUAAAUGUAUUUCAAUGUAUGGUUUAUGUAAGAGUUCAUGUCCAAAUUGCCAUUGUUAAAACAAAAAUACAGUGGCUGUUUAAAUACAUUAAUGCUGUGAUGCAUGGAUUUCAAAUGUAUUCCUAUAGUAUUGCAUUUAAACAAUCUGUACAUGGGUAUUGUACUUUUUUUGGUCAUGGGAGUAGUAUUAACAAUUUAGUUGUAUUUCAUUUAAAUACAAAUUUAUUGUACUGGAUUUAAGUCUAACAUAGCAUUUGGCUUCAAAAGAGGCUAUAUACAGUGCAUUGGAAUAGAAUGCAUGAUGCUGUGUUUAACCAUUUACCACUUUUAAAACCGUAUACAUAUCUAGGUUUCAAGUUAUGCUGGUAGACUAAUAUGAAAACUAACAUCUUUAAAUAUAUUGUCACAUAACACUUCUGUAAUUGCAAAACUGUCAGCAUCACAUUAAGAUCCUAUUUUGAUGUAGCACAAUAGUAGAAUUGCAUGUUGCUAAUGGGAGAUUUAAAAAAUAUAUCUGAGGUUCUUUGUUCUUGAGGGCUGGUUUCUUCAAACAAGGAUGAAACGGUUAUUGGAUUUUAUGUUUGUGGUGUGAUUAUAUUUUCUAACAAAAGGUGAUA